CGCUGGAUGUGCCCCACGAGAUCGUAUUGCCCUGCCUCGUCGAGACCCUCGCGAUUUCAUCGCGAUAGAUGCCGACCCUCCCCUCCAUCGGACCAGAGUUCCUCUCUCGAUCGAUCCAGUUGUUGUUCUGGGGUGCUGCCAAACUAUUUAGAUGACAUAAUUGCUGAAGAUGAGAUAUUGUCCAUCCUGAAUGUUCCUCCUGGGAAAAUGGGGCGAGUUUAUUAGGAGAAAGGGAGCCUUUUUCCAGUCUGUGAAGGAAGCUUGCAAGUGUAUUUCAUUGGGCCUGUGAUGCAAGGAAAGCUAAAGCAAUAAUCGGAGGGUGUAUGCUUGAAAUAUAGCUUCUUCCUGUGGGAACUUCAGCUGAUCAUCCUACUAGAACAAAGGAUGGCUUUGAGCAUCUUUUUUUUCUGGAAAAACAAAUUGCAUGAGAUUGUUGUUAAUCUAUUGUAAAAAACAAGUCUAUUGACAGUCUCGCUCAAGUUGUGUUUUCCUUCUCUACAUAAUUGGAUGGCAUAUUAAUUUAAAGGAGUCUGUUCCCUUUUUGUUGUGGUAAGAAUCAUAUGCUUCCACAGCAAACAAAGAACUGCUGUGGUUAUCAUUUUGUCCUUGAUGAUGAAAGUUCAGUAAGUGCUAGGUGAUGCUUUGGACAUUGGACAAUGAUGGAACCAUGUGUUGUAUCCAUGUACCAGAGUUCAAGCUUGUCCACCUCCAGCAUCCGAUGCGUGUGCUAUCUCAUCCACUUCAACUUGCGAUAGGUGUUGGGGAGCGCGGUGUGGGCUGCCGCAAAGCUGUCCACCGGAGCUACUGGUUUAGCGGGCACGGUAGAAAGCGAUCACCAUGUGGCAGUGACGACGGCAGCGGGUCAAUUCAGAUUUAUCGGCCUCUACUCAUUUGUCACUAGUCACUCGUCCUCUCAAGUCAUGUUGUAGAUUCUUCGGUGAAGGUAGAGCCGAUGCCCACUCUUAUUUUCUUGAUUCUUUGUUGACAGUGGUCCUAAGGAGGCGACGCGGAUCUAUGUUGGAGCUUUCCCUUUAAGAUGUCGAACCCAUUGCAUAAGAUUCAGACAACAGAGGAUGGUGCUCAAGCCUCUCACUCCAUGGCUUACUUUUUUAAGUUUGCAAAAACCAGCAGAAGCCUCCAAAAUCAGUACAGGCCUUUUGUCAGCUUAGAAUUAUUCAAUCACCAGUUCUGAAGUCUCAUAUGCUGCCCAUCUACUGAGGUCUCUCGCCUUCUACACCUCUUCAGAACUCCCAACAGAACAAUCCCCUUAAAAAGAAGGGUCACCUCUACAACUAGUAGUGAGCACCAGUUGCCUCCCUCUUCAUAAGCUCAGACUCUGAGAGGAGUAAGAAGGCCAGGAAUUUAAUGCUUUGUCUGCUAGCAGAGACUCUGCCAAGUUUCGGUUGUGAAGUUGCCAAGGCAGAAGACUGUUCUUGCUGCGUCGGCUGGUGAAUGCCAUUGCGAGUAAUCCCAUACGAACACCGGACCACAGAUGCAAUGGAGUUGAUUCAUUGGUUACGUUUACCAUGCUUCUGAGACCGAGUGAAUCAUCAGGUUCUCAAGCUUGAUUGCUUGCUGCACUGAAGAAGAAUGUUGACACAGGCCUGCAACUCCAAGAACAAGCUGUGAAAUGGAGAGUUUAGGCAACCACUACGACAGCUUUGCAGGAUCCGAUGAAGAGUUCAGCGACAUGGCCGGGAAGCUCGAGCUCGACGAUCUUUUCCUUGCAUCAAGCAUCCAGAGCCAAGAAAUCACUGUAGGCGAAGCAAGCUUAGAUUCCAACAAGAUCGGUGAGAUGGUUGACGCGUCGAUUCCGCCUCCAGAUACAAUGAACCGUACUGUGCUGCAUCUUCAAGAUAUGAUAAGGUUGGAUGCCCAUCCUCAUGAGCUGAUGGAAUCAGGUGCCGUAUGGGGUGAUGCGCUUCUUUCUCAGGCAUGUGCUGCUUCUCAACCCAUCAGCGGAUACUGCAACGAAGCUCGAGCAGAUGGCAUAUCUGCCACCUUUUCCGGCAGCGAGAACUUCCGUAACUUGAGUUGCACUGGCGAUAUUUCUUCAGGGAAGUCUAAGAACCAUGGCUCAUUCGAUCAACACAGAUGGAGUAGGGGUGCAGUGGCCUCCGAGGUCUCUCCUAAUCCACUUCCCAAUGCCAAGAGAAAGUUCGAGGAAUGCACCGGGAUAGGAGAAAACAAGACAAGCCUUCUCCAACCUAGUUCUUUGAAGAAACCAAGACCGGAAAAGCAUUCAGGAUCUUCCACCAUCAACUUCGGUCGGGACAGCAACUACGAGCCCGACACAGAGGCUGUAGCACAGGUGAAAGAGAUGAUCUACAGGGUUGCUGCUCUAAGGCCGGUGACUCUGGAAAUGGUGGACGCAGUGGAGAAGCCGAGGAGAAAGAACGUGAGGAUCUCAAGCGAUCCGCAGACGGUGGCUGCAAGACAGAGGAGGGAAAGGAUCAGUGAGAGGCUGAGGAAGCUGCAAAGUCUGGUCCCGGGAGGGAGCCAAAUGGACACUGCAACCAUGCUUGAUGAAGCUGCCAACUAUCUCAAGUUCCUCAAGUCUCAGGUCAGGAUAUUGGAAACCCUAGAUAACAGGCAUGAUCCAGGAAACAACAGUACCAUGCACCCCUUUCCAUUCCAUCUAAGCCAGGCUUUUGCAGUGCAACAGCUUUAUCCCACUCAGAAACCCUAACCCUAAAGGUGAGGUAUAAAUCAAGUCCUAAGCACUCAAAGAGCAUAUCAUUGUCUUCAUCAUUAGCUUAGGGUUUAGGGCUUAAGUCAGUGCUUAGAAUAAUCCUGAUAUCAAAUGCCCAUCAAGAGAAAAGGUUAGCCUUUUCGAUCCAAUGGUGGUGUUCCUGCUUUUUACCUUGGUCACCUUUUUCACUUUGCUAAAACCUCUUUGCAUGUCCAUAAAGCAAGCAACCUUGGCCUGUCAACAAACAUUAACAAGCUCUCAACAUACUGCAGAAGCCACAGAUUAAAGUCUUCACCAUUGGCCUUUCCCUGCAGCACCUAUAUAAAUGUCAUUAUGAUUAUUUGUGACUCGUUCUGAGUCACAUGAUCAGAUAUAUUUAAUCUCUCACCAUUCCUGUCUUCUUUUACUUUUCCCAAGUCCGACAUGGCUUGCAAACUCGAGGAAUGGUUCCAAUGAACUAUCAAGUGAAUCAAUUCCAAAUGGUUUCUGCUUGCUGGUCCCUUGUUUGAGGUGGGGGAGACCUGUGUUCAGCUCUCUCCUCCCCUUCCAGUCCCACUACUUUGUUGCAGUUAAGUGUUGGCACUUUUGACUGCCCAAUGCCAGAGACAUUCUCUUGGGGGCCUGCUCAUGUGUGGCAGAGCACAAUGCUUCCUUGAUUCGAGCCAAAGUACCCUUGAGAAGGCCACCAAGACAUUGGUGAGCACAUGGUGGGAAAAAAGAAAGGCUUGCCACUCCAUGUAACUCACUUCUUCUCCAACUUGCUUUCUCUACCAUCUC